CUCCCAGCGUCUUCCCUUUUUUAUCACACACAAAGGAAUCGCAAUGGCAACGGUGCGCCGAGCCUGCGCGUUGCUCUCGGUUGUGCGGGUCGCCCUGGUCGCGGCGGGGAUCCCCCACGACGACAUACAUUGGACGUACACGGAGGGAGCUUUGGACCAGAUGCACUGGGCGACCAAGUACCCAGCAUGCGGGGGUCGGAAACAGUCCCCCAUCGACAUCCAGAGGCGCAGCGUCAGACACAAUCCGGACAUCUUGCAGCUGGAGCUCAGUGGAUACGAUGCUCAGAAAGGGACGUUUCUCAUGUCCAACAACGGACACUCGGUCCAAAUCGACCUGCCGCCCAGCAUGAAGAUCACCAAGGGCAUGCCGGGAAAAUACACGGCCGUUCAGAUGCAUCUGCACUGGGGGGGCUGGGACCUGGAGGCCAGCGGGGCGGAGCACACCGUGGACGGCAUCCGCUACAUGGCCGAGCUCCACGUCGUCCACUACAACUCGGACAAGUACAAAAGCUUCACCGAGGCCAAAGACAAAGCAGACGGGCUGGCGGUACUGGCCUUUUUCUACGAAGACGGCCAUUUUGAGAACACCUACUACAGCGACUUCAUUUCCAACCUCGCCAAAAUCAAGUAUGCAGGUCAGUCCAUGAACAUUUCCAGCCUGGACGUCCGCUCCAUGCUCCCCGAGAACCUCAACCACUUCUUCAGGUAUCAGGGCUCGCUCACCACUCCGCCCUGCUACGAGAGCAUCCUCUGGACCGUGUUCGAUACCCCCAUUACCCUUUCGCAUAACCAGAUCAGAAAGCUGGAGAGCACACUGAUGGACAUGGACAACAAAACCCUGUGGAACGACUACCGCAUCGCUCAGCCUCUCAACGACCGGGUGGUGGAGUCGUCUUUCCUACCUCGACUCGGGAAAGGAUCGUUCUGCCGCCAGGACGAAAUCGAAUCCAAGCUGCUGAAAAUUGAAGGCCUGAUCACGUCUCUCGGGAAGAACGUGUACGCGGGUAGAGGACACGGCCCGCGGCCAAGCAAACACGAACCUCAAGCUUUGUUUCCUCUGGUGCUCAACUUCCAGCCGGAGCAUUUGGGCAGCUACGCGAAGGCCCACAUCAGCCAUCCGAUGGAUCUCGACUCUUUCACCGUCUGCGUGCACGUCUCGCCUGAAGCGGAGGGAGCACACAACGUCAUCUCCUACUCCAGCGACGGCAUCCACAACGAGCUGAUGGUCUCCGUCAGCGAGGACCGGGACGGCAAGGAGGUGGGCCUCUGGAUCGGCAACGAGUUCGUCAACUUGCCUUACAACGUCGAGUCCCGCGGCUGGGUCAACUACUGCAUCACGUGGUCGUCCCGCACCGGCGGCGUCGAGCUUUGGAUCAACGGCAUGGUGGGGGAGCGACGCUACUUAAAAAGCGGCUACACGAUCAUCCCCGGGGGGGUGUUCAUUCUGGGGAGCGACCAGGACGGAUUGCUGGGAAUCUCCAACACCGAUUCCUUUACGGGCAGGCUGACAGAUGUGAACGUGUGGGACUAUGUGCUGACCACGGCAAAUAUUCGGGACCAGAUGUCAUGCGAGGGGAACGGCACAACGCGGGGUAACGUGUUCAGCUGGGGGACCACCAAACUUAGUCUGUAUGGGGGGGUGCAGCUAGACAAUCAAUACAGAUGUUCCUGAAAUGCACUCAUGCAGGAUAAAUCUCUGGAAUCUCCAGCUAUUCCGAGUCCUACCGCAAAUAGUGGAAAAACAACCAGUAAUGAAUGCCUCCUAAAAUACUCGCGAUUGCCAAUAAUAGUGUUUGAAAUCACUGAUUACAGUGGUGCUUUGAGAUACAAGUUAAAUCUGUUCUGUGACCACCAAAUCUUCUUCCACCAUUGAAAUGAAUGGAAAUGCCGUUAAUCCGUUCCAGCUUUCACGAAAAAGUUUGAGUGGGAAAAAUAUCACAGGAUUCUUCUUUUUCUUUCGGCUUGUCCCGGUAGGGGUCACCACAGCGUGUCAUCUUUUUCCAUCUAAGCCUAUCUCGUGGAUCUUCUGCUCUAACACCCAACUCUCCUCGUGUCCUCCUUCACAACAUCCAUCAACCUUUUCUUUGGUCCUCCUCUCGCUCUUUUGCCCGGCAGCUUCAUCCUCAGCACCCUUCUACCAAUAUACUCACUCUCUCGCCUCUGGACAUGUCCACACCAUCGAAGUCUCUCGAACCUUGUCUACAAAACAUCCAACUUUGGCUGUCUCUGUAAUGAACUCAUUUCUAAUCUUAUCCAACCUGCUCACACCAAGUGAGAACCUCACCAUCUUCAUUUCUGCCACCUUAACUUCUGCUUCCUGUUGUUUCUUCAAUGCCACUGUUCAUCAUGGCCGGUCACCACCGUUUUAUAAACUUUGCCCUUCAUCCUAGCGAAGACUCUUCUGUCACAUAGAACACCAGACACCUUCCGCCAAUGUUCCAUCUUGCUUGGACCCGUUUUACUUCGGCUAAUCUUCAUUCCUCUUCUUUCCAAUGGGUCCCUCCAUCUUUCCAAUUAUUCCCCCGGCUGCUCCCAGCAGAUCACAACAUCAUCUACGAACAUCACGGUCCAAGAGGAUUCCAGUCUAACCUCAUCUGUCAGAACUAUCCAUUACUACCGCAAACAGGAAGGGGCUCAGCGCAGCUCCCUGAUGCAGCCCCACCUCCACCUUAAAUUUUUCUGACACACCAACGGCACACCUCACCGCUUUUCUGCUGCCCUCAUACAUGUCCUGUACU